AUGAGGGUCAGCUAUCUGCAAACCAUUCUGGUCAGCCUCGCCUGCCGAGUCUCGGCUCAAGCCGAGUUCUCCACCACAAACUUCAAGGGAGCCUUGGCAGACGGCUCGCAAGUUCUCGAGUCACUUCGACCUGCUUCGAACCCGGACUUCGACUUCUCGCCUUCGGAUGUCUUCUCGCUUCGAAAUUCCGAAGGGAACUAUCAUACCGGUGACCUGACUUUCCGCUAUCGUGUUGGCAGCCAGGCGUGGCAGGAUGGGAACACCGCCGCGAGUCGAACCCCGGUCGAGAAGAUCAACGCCCAGGAUGUUAUCGCCGCGGCAAAUUUGAAUCCCGUCCUCAGUGAACCGAGUUCCACCCUGGACACCACACGGGAGUGGAUCGAUGUUGACGGUGAUCUUGGUCUCCGAUUCACUCUCAGCAAUGUCGCGAACGACGAUGUGGAAAUUGGCAGUCUGGGAUUUCCCAUUGAGUUCAACAACAUCUUCACGAACCGCUCCGCCGUGGAUACGCGAGAGAAGUGCGUUCUCCUGGAUCCUUACAUUGGCCUCCACUCAGGAUAUGUUCAAGCCACGCGCCUUUCGGGGACUGGUCCCGCUCUUGUCGUCACGCCAUUGACUGACCAGACCAAGUUUGAAGCCUGGCGAUUCCUCCCGGAGGAGUACGGCUUCGUAUACUACCAAUCGCAAACUUAUGAAGGGAACUACGAGUGGCAGGUUUACACCAAAGCAUGGGCAGAGAACGAGUGGAGCGGCGUCGAUCCAUGGAACGAGCCGACUUCUGUUACACUGAAGUCUGGAGAGAACAUCACGGUCGGGCUGCGAUUCUCUUUGGCACCAUCAAUCCCAGAAAUCGAAGACACUGUCAUUGGCGUCGAUCAGCCUGUGGCCGUUGGCAUACCCGGCUAUGUUUUGCCCACCGAUGUGGUCGGAAAGCUCUUCCUGCACACCAACUGGACUGUGUCGUCUCUCACCACGACCCCUGCCGACGCUUUUGAGAUCAGCGAGCCUCGUUCCCUUGACGGCGCGGCUGAAUACAGUCUUACCCCGUCGAAGAGUGCCUGGGGCCGAGUGAGACUGGACAUCAAGUACGAGAACGGAAAGACGCAGACCGUCCAUUACCGCAUAACUAAACCUGCUCCCGAAGUUAUUAAGGACUUGGGUAACUUUUUGACCACGAAGCAACUGUUCGAAGACGAAUCAGAUCCGUUCGGACGUGCCCACUCGAUCAUUACGUACGAUCGUUCUGUAGAUGAAAUCGUCACCCAGGACGCUAGAGUAUGGAUGGCCGGGAUUAGUGACGAAGGAGGUGCCGGUUCUUGGCUUGCUGCCGCUAUGAAGCAGUCAGAACAACCUUCAAAGUCCGAAAUCAGCACUCUUGAGACUUUCGUCUCAGAAGUCGUCAAUGGCACAUUGCAGGUCUCUGAUUACGGCGUCCGCAAGAGUGUAUUCUUCUACGACCCCGAGCAGAUCGACUACGCCUACAGCUCUGAUAUCGAUUGGACCAGCUGGACAUCUUGGAACAAGGAAGCAGCCUACGCAGUUGAUAGAGCAUACGACUAUGUCCACGUCACAGCGCUAUAUUGGUCGUUGUAUCGUGCUGGUCGGGCGUAUCCGGAACUCUUGACGCAGCAAAACGCCACGUACUACUUGCUCCAAGCGUACCACACCGUCACCUACAUGGCCGAGGCAAAUGGAGUCGGAUACCGGGAUGUUGGUCUUAUGGGCGAGACGGUGUUUGGUGAGCUGCUCAAGGACUUGGGCGCUGAGGGAUAUGAAACGGAAGCGACGAAGCUCAAAGGAGACAUGCAACAGCGCGCAGAACUUUGGGCCAGUCAGGAUGAUCCUUUCGGCAGCGAGCAGGCCUGGGACUCUACUGGACAGGAGGGAGUUUACUACUGGGCCAACUACUUUGGCGAUACAGAGCUCGCUAAGAGUGCAGUCAGUUCCAUCAUGGGGUACAUGCCUACUGUGGCACACUGGGGCUGGAAUGGAAACGGGAGGAGAUACUGGGACUUCAUUUACGGAGCCAAGCUCCAACGCAUUGAACGCCAAAUCCACCACUACGGCUCUGGUCUCAACUCGCUGCCUCUCCUCUCGCAAUUCCGCAACGAGCCCUCGAACUUUUACCUCCUGAGAGUCGGCUACGGCGGCAACCAAGGUCCGCUCACCAACAUCGACGAGGAAGGCUUUGCCUCCGCCGCAUUCCACUCCUACCCCGACACCCUGAAAUGGGACGACUACAGCGGUGACUACGGUCCCAACUUCCUCGGCCAUGCUCUCGGUGCCGCAACUUACAUUGUCCAGCACGAUGUGUACGGCUGGCUCUCGUUUGGUGGCAACGUCAUCAGCAGUGACGACGGCACAGUGACGGUCAAGCCACUGGACUCGGCCCGCAGGAGGGUCUUUGUCGCGCCGGUCGGCUUGUACGUCUCUAUUGAUGCGGGUGUCAUCGACACGGUCACAUAUGCCACGGCGUCGAACAAGGUCACGGUCAGUGUGGCACAGGGUGACGUCGCGGCAGAAUCGGCGCUGGUGAAGUUUGAGCAGACGGCGGAUGGUGUUGGAUCUAUCAACUUUACGACGACAGGGCUGGAGCAGCAGAGGGGCGGAUGGGUGUUGCCGUUGGGAAGCGAGUCGGCGAAGGUGGAGUUUGCGCCGGCUUGAGCCUUGUGCACAGCGGUAAAUCGGACCUUGGUUCAAUAAACUUUCCCGAAGUUUGGCUUUUGUAUACUUCUCUGAUUAUGUACCUGUAUGUAUUCGAGUCAUCAGUCUAUUUGUAUCUUCUUGGCACAGUCAUACUGGCAAUCAGUUAAAAAACAACCUUGAGGAGAAAGUGCCCACUCAGGCUAAUCUGAUAAGCUUACAUCUAAUGCAACUGGUUUUUGGAUUCAUCCUGCUCGCUUGCCUUGGGGGUGGUGGGUUGCCUUUGUAAUCGAUCCGGACUCAAUAUUUGAAAAGAAGCUCUUAGUGAAGAUUUCCAAAGUGGAAAGCUUGGGACAAGCGCAAGGAACAGAUAUCGAAACAGCAAAGAACGGAACAAGUGACAGUAUGCUGACCUGUUCCAAAUUCGACAGAUAGAAAUCUGCCUGCGGCAUAUUCUCGAAUAAUGGCAAAAAAAAAAAGGG